AUGUCGUUCCAUUUCGAUGGCAUGUUCAAAACCCAAAAGCAUACCCGUGAUGAUGGCAGCGAGUAUCUAGUCCCAAAUCCUCCACGCUUCCAGUAUUUCGCUGCUGUGACACCAAGUCCAAAGAACACUGGAUACACGCAGUGGGCGAGCUCGAAGCUUCUUCUGGAUCUUUUGCCAGCAGACAAAUCGCUUGGAUAUCUUCAAUCUCUGACAUGA